CUCAAAACUGUGGGACACAUCUUCCCAGGAACGGGGCACGAGAGAGAGUGCAAGAAGGAGAUUGGGGAGAGAGCAGCAGGCAUCGGGAGGAGCAGUGAGAAGAAACCAGAUGUCUCAGGGAGAUGCCGAAGACAACAUCAGUGUUCAGAAGCAGAGAGAAGGAUGCAGAAAGAGAAAAGAACAGCAGCCAGAGAGAGAAACCAAGACUGGUUCCAUGUAGAAGGGAGAGGCCAGCUGUGCCCACACUGGCAGGGUGCCCCAGUAUCCAGGCAUCCAGGAGGAGCAGCAGGAUGGGGCAGAGGAGGUAUGGCAGCUAGGUGCAACUGAGGACAUGAUGUAGUACAAACGGCAAAUGCUAUUUCAAGUUGUUUUCUUUUGGGACUAGUUAGAGAAGGAUUCUUGCAUUUUAGGGAUACAAGCUAUGGAGCAUGCCCCCUAGUGGGACCGAGUCUAGAUGUCAUAAGAAGAGGUAAGAAAUGGUUAAUUUUAAAUUGUUCUUUCUUACUGGAAUAAGAUGUUUUAAAAUGUACUAUUAGUCUGUGUUGCUAAUGGCAUGGCACCACGGACUGGGAGAGUUAAGGACGACGUAGGUGUAUUGUGCCUAAUGGUUCUGGGGGCUCAAGGUGCAGCGAAUGAACCUGGUGAUGUCCUCCUUGCUGGCACGGUCCUGGGGUGGCACAGAGAAGUUAAACAGCUUGGAGGACGCCUCACAGCUGUCGAGCGGAGGAGUGUAUUGAGCUGGAGUUGUGAACGCCCACCCUUUGGCUGCGGAACCCGUGCCAGUCUGCGGGAAACCAAGCCAGCCGGCCCUGGCACGCCUGGACUGAGUCCGGUAGCGGCGAUGUGCGCAGCUGACGGGAGUCUGGUCUUGCAGCAGACAUCUCUUCUCCCCAGGGUGUAGAGCAAUAAAGGCAGACCUGACAAUCCUACAGCAAGAAGAAGGGGCUCCGGCGCACGCUCCGCCGCAGGGGGGCGCCCCUGGCUGGCCGCUGCUAGGCUAUCGGUCCCCGCCACAGGGCCCGUCGCCUGCGAGAAGAUGUCGCUGUCCAGAGGGGAGCGCCCUGCGGGUCCAGGGACCCGUCUGUCCUGGCUGCUAUGCUGCAGCGCCCUGCUGUCCCCGGCCGCCGGCUACGUGAUCGUGAGCUCCGUGUCCUGGGCUGUCACCAACGAGGUAGACGAGGAGCUGGACAGCGCGUCCACCGAGGAGGCACUGCCCGCGCUGCUGGAGGACUCAGGCAGCAUCUGGCAGCAGAGCUUCCCGGCCUCGGCACACAAGGAGGACACGCACCUGCGGCCUCGGGGCUCCGCCCGCGCCAGACCCGCACCGACCCCGCGUGGAAUGUUCUCCUACCGGCGGGAGAGCGGUUCAUCCGCAGCAUCCCCUGGCCCGAGGGUGAGUGCCGGCACCGCCCGCUCCCUGGUCCACGCCAGUUCCUGGGGCUGUCUGGCCACCACGUCCACCCAAGAAAAGAUCCAAGGACUGCCCUUUGGGAGCUGCCUGGCCAUUAGCGAUGGCCCUGUCCACAACAGCACGGGGACUCCCUUCUUCUACAUGACAGCCAAGGACCCAGUGGUGGCUGACCUGGUGAAGAACCCCAUCGCCUCGUUGAUACUGCCGGAAUCUGAAGGAGACUUUUGCAGAAAAAACAUCGUCGACCCAGAAGACCCUCGAUGUGCCCGGUUAACACUCACUGGCCGGAUGAUCACAGUACUGCCAGGAGAGUUAGAGUUUGCCAAGCAAGCCAUGUUUUCAAGGCAUCCAGGGAUGAGAAAGUGGCCCCGCCAGUAUGAAUGGUUCUUCAUGAAGAUGUGGGUAGAACACAUCUGGCUUCAGAAGUGGUAUGGGGGUGUAGCCGACAUCCCAAGGGAGGAGUACUUCAAAGCAGCUCCCAGGAAGGCCUGAUGGUAACACAAAAGUCCUGGGCUUUGCAUUAAAGUGAAGACCUUUGAAGUGAAGAAGCCAGACAGUCACCGACUGCUGUCCCUUUGUUGAAGGGUGCCUAGCCACCCUGUCAUCCUGUAGCAGAAUGAGAGAGGAUGAACAGGGAACCUUGGGCUAGACUUCAGAUUCACUGGAGUGGUCCUUUGUGGAUCCACCGUUCGUACGGGCACUUCACAUAGAAAGAUUUUGUUUCUGCUGUACUCAAUCCAGACACACCCAUUUGGAAAACAUGGUGGUCAAAAGGGAAGUGGUAGUUGCUGUUCCUUUCUUUCAAAAAAAAUUAAUGAUCGUAUAUACCACGUUAUUGCCUUGUAUCAUGAGAGCAUCAUGUUACUUACUAUCUGAAAGCAAUGCUUUGAAUGUAAGCUCAUUGCAUUCAAAGAGCUGAAUGUGCACCACAUUGCGUUGCUGUGGGUUCAGGGCAAAGUGAAAAGUUUUCCCGUCUGAAGGUUACUCAUAGAUGUCACAGAAUUGCCGAUGCAUUUUCUAGAACAUAUUGGUCACUUGGGGAGCCUUUUCCCCCCCAUUGUAGUAUAGCAGGUGGAGGAAGAAGGUGAAGCUUUGCACACACCCUGUUCUGGAUGGGCAGACCAUUAGCGAGAAUGGGGUAACCUUGGCAUAGUGCUUUUUCCAGGUCCCCACUGUGAAUAUUUCUGGUAGAAAGUUCCCCCCUACCAUUCAUGAGAUGUGACAUCCAAAAUAAGAAUCACCUCCUUCCACAUGAUGUAGUGAAGGCAGGGGAGAGAGUCAAUAGAGAAAGCAAAGGCCAUGUGCAAGAGAAGGACCUCUCCUGCGGGUCUCCUCACUGCCCAACCCUGGGCCAGACCCUCAACAGAAGUCACCUCACUUAGGCGCCACCCAGGAAGACGUGUGUCCUUAGUGUUCCUUUCAGACAGGGAGGCUGAGGCUCAGAGAGAUCCAGUGGGUAUCCCCAGCUCAGAUUCCCGGAUUCACUGCACAUAAAGGAUGGGGUGCUACCUCCACAUUUUCCAGUUUUAAAAUGAAGGAGCUACACAGGUAGUCAUCCAGCUGGGAUUGUGAUUAUAAAGGAGAAUGACAAACUUGCCUGGAGGUCGCUUGUCACUGCUGGGGGUGUCGGGAGUGCAGGGGUAAGGAGCACACUUUGAAGUUUUUCAACAAAUCAUUUGCAAGAGUUCCCGGCAUUUAGAAGGCGCUAGACUGAAACUGUGUGUUUACCUGAGGCCUGAUUGGACCAAAGCAUGCACCAGCAAGGCCAGACAGGUUCUAACAGUAUUCAUGCUUUCUACCUUUCCAUAAAGGCUAGAAACUCUCUUUAGUGGAUCGGGUAUGUUAUAUAACUUAAAAUUUCAUCACUAAUGUAGAAAAUAUACACAUUAUUAAAACAAAGCAAUUUUGUUUAACAAAAUAAGACACGAGCAGAGUUUCUGUUGCCAAAAUAUUUUUAAGUACUCCUUACUAGAAACCUAGUAAGCUGCACAGGUUUUUUUUUUUUUAUUUGACUCAAUCCAGCUCAUAAGAGUUCCCAACAAUCAUUAUUUCUAAUGUGUAGUCAUAGGGUAGCUUUGCUAAAGAUAUUUUCUAUUUCAAGUUUAAAAUUAUUGCUACUCCCAAUUUAGAAUAAGAUGGGGAAGGGUGCUGGAAGAGCAAGCACGUGUUAAAGGUACUCCAUAAAUCAAUCUCGAAUAACAAUCCCUGAAGUAUCACUGCUUCCCAGGCUGAAUUACUGAUAUUCGCUUGUUAGCCUGUACGAUCAGCUUCCUUUUAUGGAUGGUGCUUCAAAGCUUUGAAGAGCAGGUUUCGCUUAGAAACACCAUAAAUCAAGACUACGAGAAAUGACAUCUGAAUAAGACCAGACAGCAAGAACAAUAUUGAAAGCUCAUGGGCUUGGAACAGAAUGUACACUGAAUUAAAAUGUGUAGGACUGAAUUAGAAGUUUUAGAAAUAGCAAUAAGGCAAGAAAAAUUGAAUGCAUACCAAGUGGAAAGAAAGAAAAAACAACACAUUCUUAUUUUCAAUGACAUAAUUAUCUACACAGAAAAUUGCAAAUAAUCCACUUUUAAAAAGUCAAUAAGCCAGGGUUGGAAGAUGACUCAGAGGUUAAGUGCACUGGCUGCUCUU